AUGCCACCCGAAGAAAGGACGAAGGCUGGGAUACUCAUCAUCAUCAUCAUCAUCGACAGCAUGACAUCAGUGCUCAACACCAAUGCUUCACUGCCGUACAGCCAUGACUUAUUUGAAAGCCUUAUUGUAAAGAAAAGAAUAAAGUUGCCACCACCAUCCAUCCUGGCUGGGAUACUGCCAGGAUGCCCAAGCCUAGACAGGACGAGUCGAGAUGCAGAGGCAAGGUUCCAAUCACAGACCGUUGCCACCAGUUGCCAUCCUGGCUGGGAUACUGCCAGGAUGCCCAAGCCUAGACAGGACGAGUCGAGAUGCAGAGGCAAGGUUCCAAUCACAGACCUUCCGCUCGAAAGCUCAUGGGAUAUUUCCAGCUUGGCCAAGCCCACGCAGGGCAUUCAAAAAGCCGAUAGUGGAUUCAAACCAGGAGUGCUCGAUCAGUACACCUUGCUAUUCAGUAAAAACCGCGGCCGGUCAAAAGUGUCAUUCAUAAGUGUGCCUAGCUGCCAUCCCACACGAAAAGGCAAGAGGGUUAGGAUACUGCCAGAUUCCCCAAGCUUAGACAGGGAAAGUCGAGAGGCAGAGGUCGGGUCCGAACCACGGACCCUCCGGUCAGUAAAUUCGCAAUCUAACCACUUGGUCCAUCUCGCUUUUCAGCAUAGAUUGGCUACACUGACAGUAUAA